UUCAACUUCCCCCACUCCUCCCCCCAUAUACUAAAAUUAAAAUCCCUCUCUCGCCCUUUUGUUUCUUAAAACCCACGUUAUUUGGAUUGGAUAUCAUAUUUCCGUGCCUCGAAAACCCUGCCACACUGUCACAGUGGGAGGGACUUCAUCCUAUAUAAUCCCCUUCUCUUCUCUGCUCUGUUUCGUCUUCAAAUUAAUUCUUUAUCUGCAUGUGUGUUUUCCUUUUCUUUCUACACACACAAUGAUAACAAAGAGAGAUUCCAUGAUAGUGAUUAGAGAGUUCGAUCCCAGUAAAGAUUGUAUAGCCGUUGAAGAUGUUGAACGAAGAUGUGAAGUCGGACCAAGCGGCAAACUCUGUCUUUUCACCGACCUCUUAGGUGACCCAAUUUGCAGGGUCCGCAACUCCCCUGCUUUUCUUAUGCUGGUGGCGGCGACCGCCGAUCAUAACGAAAUAGUGGGCAUGAUUAGAGGUUGUAUCAAAACCGUUACAUGCGGUCAAAAACUCUCUCGAUCCGCUAUCCCUAACUCCGAUCAUCAACCUCCCAAACAUCUCCCUGUUUAUACUAAACUCGCUUACAUUUUAGGCCUUCGGGUUUCUCCUGCUCAUCGAAGGAUGGGAAUUGGGAUUAAGCUAGUGAAGAAAAUGGAGGAAUGGUUCAGAGAGAGUGGUGCAGAGUAUUCGUACAUAGCGACGGAAAAGGACAACGUAGCGUCGGUUAAUUUGUUCACUGAGAAAUGCGAAUACUCCAAGUUCCGUACACCGGCCAUCCUUGUCAACCCUGUCUUUGCACAUCCAGUCCCUUUGUCCAAACGCGUCACUAUCCUUCCACUCUCACGUUCCGACGCUGAGAUUCUCUAUCGCCGCCGUUUCUCCACCACUGAGUUUUUCCCCCGCGAUAUUGACGCCGUUCUUAACAACCCCCUCACUCUCGGCACCUUCCUAGCUAUCCCACGUGGCACUUACACCCCACACACCUGGCCCGGUUCAGACCGUUUCUUAUGUGACCCGCCCCAAUCUUGGGCGGUUCUCAGCGUUUGGAACUGUAAUGACGUGUUCAGGCUCCAAGUACGUGGAGUUUCACGCCUUAAGCGGAGUUUCGCUAGGACGACACGCGUUUUGGACAAGGCCUUUCCAUGCCUUCGUCUCCCCUCCGUUCCGGAGCUUUUCUCGCCCUUUGGCUUGCAUUUUAUGUAUGGACUCGGCGGCGAAGGCCCCGACGCUGAGAGGAUGGUUAAGGCUCUUUGUGGGUAUGCGCAUAAUCUGGCCAAGGAGAAAGGGUGUGGAGUGGUGGCGACGGAGGUUUCCGCCGGAGAGCGCCUCAGACCCGCUAUUCCGCACUGGAAAAUGCUGUCGUGUGAGGAAGAUCUUUGGUGUAUUAAGCGGUUAGGUGAAGAUUUCAGCGAUGGCUCCGUAGGUGAUUGGACUAAAUCUCCGCCUGGCAUGUCCAUUUUCGUCGACCCUAGAGAAUUUUGAAAUUUUAAAUCUAUAAAUCUCCUUCCGUUUCCAUGUCCAUUUACAUCUCCACCGCUAAAUUACCAGUUACCCUUUUUGUUUUCCCUAAAAGAAAAUUGUACUUCGUUUUUUUUUUUUUUUUUUUUCUGGUUGUAGGAUUAGAAGGGGGAGAUUUUAUGUGAAAAAGCAAAAAAAAAAAAAAAAAAAAAAAAAAAAGGAGGAAAGGGAAAGGAAAAAAAAGAAAGAAAAAAAAAAGAUUAUAGAUAUGGCUUUUUAUUGUAAAAGAGAAUAUCCCUAACCUUUUUUUUAUUUUUUUUUUGUUUGACUUUUAUUUUCCUGUCUCUCUCUUGUCCUUUAAAACUUUACAUUUUGUUAUUUGAAUGUAAAUGGAAGCGACUUUUUAAGAUUUU